AUGAUUGAGUUCAAACACAUUCCCAGAAUCCAGAAUGAAUUUGCCAACGCUCUUGCAACAUUGUCAUCCAUGAUCGAGCAUCUAGAUAAGAAGUACAUCGACCCUAUUGAGAUAGAGGUUCAGGAUCAACAUCCAUACUGUUUUCAUGUAGACGACGGUAAGCCAUGGUACUACGACAUCAAAAGGUUCCUUGAAGCAAGAGAAUACCCAGAGAAUGCCACCAAUGGUCAGAAACGUGCACUUAGAAGGCUAGAAAAUCACAUUUUCCUCAAUGGGGAAGUCCUGUAUAGGAGGACCCCAGCUUUGGGAUUAUUGAGGUGUGUAUAUGCUGCUGAAGCAACAAGAUUACUAGAAGAAAUACACACAGGAACAUGCAGACCUCACAUGAAUGGUUUCACUUUGGCCAAGAUGAGUUUUAGAGCCAGAUACUUUUAG